AUGGCUUCAAAAAAGUUGAUCUUGAAAUCAUCUGAUGGUGAUGAAUUUGAGAUUGAAGAAUCGAUUGCGGUUCAGUCUGGAACGAUAAAAAAUAUGGUUGAUGACGAUUAUACCCUCAUCCCAUUGCCUAAUGUGAAUACUCAAAAACUAAUUCUAAUUAUUGAGUACAUGAAUAAGCAUGCGGAGAAGACGGAUUCAAACGAAGAAGAAAUUAAGGAAUUUGAUAAGGAAUUUUUGAAGGAUAAGAACUAUCAAAACAUGUUUGAACUUGUAGUUGCGGCAAAUUAUCUUCACAUUAGCGAUUUGAUCAAUUUGUUGUGUCAGACGAUAGCUGAUAGAAUUAAGAACAAGUCUGUGAAGGCUAUUAGGGAGAUAUUUGGUGUUAUUAAUGAUUAUACGCCAGAAGAAGAAGAAAGGGUUCGUGAAGAACAUAAGUGGGCUCAUGAAGGAGAAGAAAUUGAUGAAUCUCUUGAUUAG